AUGGCUAGCAAGGUAGGAGGAAGGGAAACUUUUAGAGUGAAAACUCUCGUUGGACGUCACAAGUGUGGAAGGGUUUUUGGUAACAAAAGUGCAAGUGUGCAAUGGAUUGCACAAGUAUUGGUAGACAGAUUUGUAAAUGUGGGAGGCAUGACAGUGAACCAAAUCAUAGAUGAAAUCAAAAAGUCCUUUAGUGUUGGAAUUUCUCCUUGGAAAGCAGGAAGAGCAAAGCAAAUUGCUAUGGAUUCUUUAGUGGGUGAUGGAGAACGACAAUAUGGACGUUUGUAUGAUUAUGUGGCUGAGUUGCUAAGAGUAAAGGCUGGAACAUUCAAGAUUAAGGUCAAUCAACCCCAACCCACUUUGCCACCACGGUUUGGGGCAUUUUACAUGUGUUUAGAGGGCUGUAAAGAGGGGUUCUUAGGUAGUUGCAGGCCAUUCAUUGGGGUAGAUGGUUGUCAUUUGAAGACAACAUAUGGAGGUCAGUUGUUAGUGGCAGUGGCAAGAGACCCUAAUGACCAAUAUUUCCCACUAGCUUUUGCUGUGGUUGAAAAUGAAUGCAAAGAGACAUGGAGGUGGUUUUUGAGCCUGCUGCUGGGUGAUAUUGGGGGCAUAGAUUGUCAACGGUGGAUCUUUAUUUCGGAUCAGCAAAAGGGAUUAAUGGUAGUAUUUGGUGAGAUUUUGAAUGGGGUGGAGCACAGGCUGUGUUUAAGGCAUUUGUACAAUAACUAUAAGAAGAAAUUUGGUGGAGGACUACUCAUUAGAGACCUUAUGAUGGGGGCUGCCAAGGCAACAUACUUUCAGGACUGGGAAAAAAAAAAGGGUGAGUUGAAGACUGUGAAUUGUGAUGCUUAUAAUUGGUUUGCAACACUUAGAGAAAAAGUGAUCAAUUAUCCUGGUGAUGUUAUGCCUAAACCGAGAAAAAGACUUGAUAGGGAAGUUGAAAAGAGUGGGAAUUGGCUUCCAGUUUGGGCAGGGGGUGCUAAAUUUGAAGUUAUUCAUGGCUUUACAAUGGACAAGUUUGUAGUUGAUAUAAGUAAUAAUAGUUGUAGUUGUUACUUUUGGGAUUUGGUUGGAAUACCUUGUAGACAUGCUGUUGCUGCCAUACAUUAUAAAUUAGAAAACCCAGAAGAUUAUGUUCAUCCAUAUUACAAGAAACAUGCUUAUAACACUUGUUAUGCACCUCAAAUAAUUCCAAUCAAUGGACAACAACUUUGGCCUACAUCCGACACUGCCCCACUACUGCCACCCACUUAUAAAACACCUCCUGGGAGGCCUAAAAAGUUAAGAAGAAGAGAAGCUGAUGAAUAUGUCAACCAUUCAAAGUUGUCCAAGAAAAAUAUUGGUAUGAAGUGUAGCAGUUGUAAUGCAUAUGGACACAAUGUAAGAAGUUGUAAAAGGGGGCAGAAAAGCAAGGACACAAGAGGCACAUCUGCAAUGGGAGAAUCUAUAUCAACUGGAAGGAGAGAAUCUGCAAGAAGAAGUGCAUCAGCUGGAAGGGGAGGAUCUUUAUCAACUGGAAGGGGAGGAUCUGCAUCAACUGGAAGGGGAGGAUCUGCAAGAAGAACUGCAGCGGCUACUGAACCAUCUGCAUCAACCUCACAAGGUCAAAGAACAUCACAACUUAGAGGGGCUGCACAUAUGCGUCAAGGGGGAAGAAGAACAUCCUCAAGAUUGGCUGCACAAUUUCUAGGGUCUCAAGCAAGUUGCAAUUGA